AUGUCUGCUCCUCUCCGUAUCCGGUCCUUAUGGACAAUUGAGACCCUCCAAAAUGCGACCCAGCUUUCGCGCUCCUCAAGAGCGCGCAAUCUAACAGUCAGCAAGUUCUCCAGCCCCAUGACCAGAAGAGCAAUCAGCCACACCACCAAAAACCAGAACAAUCAAUCCGCAGUCAAGCCCACACCAGCAAGCUCCACCUCAAAGCCCUCCCCCCUCAGCGUCCCCGCAUCCCGCGUCCCGGGCCCAACCCCCAACCGCGCAACAACCGAAAACAUCUCCAAAACAGGUCUAUCAGACAAACCCCUCGAGCUCGAGAGCCCAGCCGAAGAGAGGAUCGACUGGACGCGGUCCUUCCACGGCCUAUCCGCUGAACCGUUCCCCAAAGAAGCAGCCGAUAUUCUCCUGGCGGAGACGGAUCCAGACGAGGUCGAGAUCAAGCCCGAUGGCAUCCUCUACCUACCGGAGAUCAAAUACCGAAGGAUUCUCAACCGCGCGUUUGGUCCUGGUGGAUGGGGUCUCGUGCCGCGGAGUGAGAGUAUCGUUACGCCUAAGACGGUGACGAGGGAGUAUGCUCUUGUUUGCAAUGGACGCCUCGUCUCCGUCGCCCGCGGCGAACAGGACUACUUCUCCCCGGACGGCAUCCCCACCGCUACAGAAGGCUGUCGGUCGAACGCGCUCGUGCGCUGCUGCAAGGAUCUAGGCAUUGCGAGCGAGCUUUGGGACCCGCGCUGGAUCCGAAAGUACAAGGCCAAGUACACGCGCGAGGUGUUUGUUGAGCAUGUGGUUACUAAGAGGAAGACUAAGAUCUGGACACGGAAGGAUGACCCCGUUGGAUAUCCUUGGAAGGAGAGUGGAAGUAAAUAG